GGCCGGGGCGGCGGCGCUGGGCAGCGGGACCCGCCGGGGAUGGGGCCGGGGCCGGGGUCCCCCGGACACGAUGCUGCUCGGCAGGAAGCUGGAGGGGCCGCUCGGAGCGGGCAGGUUUGGAGAUGGAUUAUAUGACUCCUAUAUGAGGAUAGAUGAUUUAAGAUAUCAAGAGCCUUCAAAUGAAGAACGCAGCGCCUCUGGACCCACUUCCCUUCCAAGACCUCAAGUUUCCAUCAACAAACUCAUGAUGAAGGAUCACUCUCUGCCUGGAAAUCAGGUCAAAGUAGAGCAGUUAUUUGAGGACUCUGGCAACAAAAGGAGCAGUUCUCUUCAGUGUGCAGGAGUUUCUGGUUUAGAAAGACCUCUCCCUUCCUUGUCAAAAGAUAAAAUCCUAGACAACAUAAGCUCUUCUAAAACUGGUGGCAGGGCACUGAAAUGUCUUUCCCAAGCUCCGGAGCAAGCUGUCAAACAGUACAGGCACCAGCUAUCUGCUUAUGAGCAGCAAGAGAUAUUUAAUUUUUCUGAGAUUUACUUUGUGGGUCCAGCUGCGAAAAAGAGACAAGGAGUCAUCGGCGGCCCCAACAACGGCGGCUACGAUGACGACCAAGGCAGCUACAUCCACGUGCCCCACGACCACCUUGCCUACAGGUAUGAAGUGCUCAAAAUCAUCGGCAAGGGCAGUUUUGGGCAAGUUGCCAAAGUGUACGAUCACAAACUCCACCAGCACUUGGCCUUAAAGAUGGUCCGCAACGAGAAGAGGUUCCACCGCCAAGCGGCAGAGGAGAUCCGGAUCCUGGAGCACCUGAAGAAGCAGGAUAAAACAGACAGUAUGAAUGUUAUCCACAUGCUGGAAAGCUUCACCUUUAGGAACCACAUCUGUAUGACCUUCGAGCUCUUGAGUGUGAACCUGUAUGAGCUGAUUAAAAGGAAUAAGUUUCAGGGUUUCGGUCUCCAGCUGGUGCGGAAGUUUGCUUACUCCAUCCUGCAGUGUUUGGCUGCUCUUUAUAGGAACAGAAUCAUCCACUGUGACUUGAAGCCAGAAAACAUCCUCCUCAAACAGUACGGGAGGAGUGGAAUCAAGGUUAUAGAUUUUGGGUCCAGCUGUUUUGAGCACCAAAGAGUCUACACGUACAUCCAGUCUCGAUUCUAUCGGGCGCCAGAGGUGAUCCUGGGAAGCCGCUACGGCUUGCCCAUAGACAUGUGGAGUUUUGGCUGCAUCCUGGUGGAGCUUUUGACUGGAUACCCUCUUUUUCCCGGAGAGGAUGAGGCGGACCAGCUGGCCUGCAUGAUGGAACUUCUCGGAAUGCCACCCCAGAAGCUCUUGGAUCAGUCCAAGCGAGCCAAGAACUUCAUCAACUCCAAGGGUCACCCUCGUUACUGCACCGUGACGACGCACGCGGACGGCAAAGUGACCCUGAACGGGAGCCGCUCGCGCCGGGGGAAAGUCCGGGAAGCUCCGGGGAACAAGGACUGGGUGACAGCACUGAAGGGCUGCGAUGACCCCUUGUUUAUAGACUUCCUGAAGGAAUGCCUGAGCUGGGAUCCUGCGGCGCGCAUGACCCCCGGCCAGGCUCUGAGGCACCCUUGGAUUUGUAAACGAGUGCCCAAACCGCCCCCUGCGGAUAGAACCACCGCCAGAAGGGUCCCUAGCUACACAAGUUCUUUCCAAGGGACGGGUUCCAGGCUGCCUUCCGUGGUUGGAGGAGCCAACAAGCUGAGGGCUAAUUUGGGAUCUGACUCUGGUAGCAAUAUUCCGCUCUGUUCCGUGCUCCCCAAACUGGUCAGCUAGUGGGGGAUGCUGGAAUCCUGGAAUAACAUCCCUCCGUGUUCUGCCUGUCCGUUCACGAUGUGCGAGGAAAUUAAACGCAGAGGUGUUGUUUUUUUUAACUGAGUUACUUUUUAUUAGAGGCCACAUCCCGAAUUUUCAAAGAUCAGUCAAAAUGUUCACAUUUAAAGGGCUAACUUUUGUCCAGUUGCUUCACUUACACCGUGGGGGAUAUUCCAUUUCUGGGGAGGUCAGCUCAGCUGGUGGGUACAAGGACAACGUGGCAGAUGUUUAAAAAAUGUUGUUUUAGAAAUCAAACUAUUUCUUAUCAUGGUUUAACAGACUCUCUUGCUUAAGACAGAAAGGGAACUUGAUUUGAAAUACGUAUUUUCAGUUAUCUCCAACUGAACUCUUUUUAUUCCAGGGAAAGUUUUUACAUCUCUUGUCAAAAGCACAAGUGCAUUAAUGCAAUGCAUUGGGAACUUGCAAAUGGCUUAAGUUUUAAGGGUUUUAUUUCUCUGCACUGCUUUUCCCUUAUCUAUCCUGAGAUUUUAAAAAACUGCCAUGGGAUGUAGAUACCAAAUAAGGAAUUUGUUGUUGGAAAAGAAAACACUUGGAUGAUAAAAUUUCAAAGGAGCGUAGAAAUGCCACAAAACACGAGAAAUAGCUAAAUAAAACUAUGAAUUUCUGUAACACUUACUAUUUCCCAUAAAAGUCUGUGGGAAUUGUAGGGGAAUUCGAGAUCAGACCUGGUCCAUCACAAGAAUUCCAGAUCAGGCCUGGUCCCUCCCAAGUGUGAGCCAGUUUGUUCAGGGCUAAUGAUGCAAUUAUGUUUCUUUGGAGCUCAGAUUUCAAUCAUCAGUUCUGCCAGGUGUGUGUCUUUCGUUUUUCCAGUGUUGUUCCUCAAACAAAAACGUUGAACUUUUAAGAGCUGGUUUAUAUAUAGAUGUUUGAAAUUUUGGUCAUUUAAAAAAAAAAAAAUUAUCUUUUUGUGUAGAGUGAAUUCCAUUGAAUUACGUGAAGCUCUUUUAAUAAAAUGCAAACGUGCCACUCCUGUCAGACAAGUAGAAGUUUUUAAGGCCUGGGAUUGUGACUAGAAAAUGAGGGGGGUGGGGGAAAACACAUGUAAUAAUUGGAAGUGUGCUCUGAAAUCUAAAAAAAAAACAAUCUGUGAAAACAUAACCAGGAAAGACUGGGAAGGUGCAAGAACUGGUGGAUCCAAAUGAAAA